AUUAAGGUUUAAACGACAAAACUUUUCCAACUAACGGGAUCUUUUAAAUUUAAAAUUUUUCUCUCCUUGUACGGCAAAUUUAUAUCUCGCGAUCUAAGCGUUUUUCAGAUCAAUGGCCGAUAGACUGUUGGAUUGCGACAAGACAGCGAUCACUAUUGUAAGACACCUUCAUCUCCGUUACGCGUACCUGUCACGACUUUUUAUCGCGACUCGCGGCGCAACAGAAGCAAGAAAGUUGACUUUGGAUAUUCUCUAUACCAUAAAGCGAACAUCGAUUAGAUGAGAAAGUUGAUGUGCGAGAGGUACAAAGUAAUCAAUCGUUCAGUGUGUGGUUGAGGCAUCUAAAAAAGUUCAGAAAUUCGAUCAUUUGGCCCAACGGCGUUCUUAUACAUUCCCCAUCGAUCAAAUCUAUACUGAUAAAGCCUCUGUUAGAUAUCAGUGCAAUUAUGUCAAAAGACGUGAUUAACUAUAAUUUUUUACAUUCCACUAAUCAAUAAAAUCUGAUACUAAUCCUAGUCGAGGACCCAUGAGAAAUUCUGAGGAAGUAUUGAUGCACUCGCGAGAGAUAUUCACUGUUUUGCUUUAAAAAUUAAGAAAAUUAGCGAAAAAAGUAAAAACAUCAUGAUUUAGUCAAAGUAUUUUAAUGACAUAACGAAUAUAAUGGAAUUCUUACGUUAUGUUGAAAUAAUAACAGGAAAUACGUUGAAGAGAGUUUUAAAAUUCGGCAGUGUUUUAACUUCUUGUAAUUCGAAAAAAAUUAAAGACGAUGCGAUUAGGAUGUCAGAAGAUAAUUUAAUAAGUCCUGGUGACAUUGUCAAUACAGUUUAUGCACAACGUAUAAAAAUUUUACGAGAAAAAUGUGACAAAACUGGUGAUGACCCUCAAGGGUGGAUUGAAGCAACAAAAAAAGAUCUUCGUAAAAUGGUUGCUGAAAUGAUGGACGAAGAUCGAAAAUUAUAUGAGCGUAAAAUGAACGAUGUUAAUAUUAUCAAACUGAAAUAUAAUCAGUUAUGGAAAGAAUUACACCCAGAUAAAGAGUGUCCAACGUAUGAUGAAUCGUUUCCUCUUUUGUUAGCUUUACGAACAUAUGAAGAGGAAUAUAAUAGAUUAAAAGAACAACACACAAAAUUAUUGGAAAGAGAGCCAGAAAUUAGACGAGAAGAACAAGAAUUGUGUAACGAAUUAAAUGAAAAACCAUUAGAUUUAAAUAAAAAUACUUUAUUAAUCACAUGUAUGAGUUUCAUCACAACACAUAUUUUAGAAUUAAGAGAGAAAAAGGCAAAACACAUCGAAAAAUUGAAUAACAUUGUAUCAACAUUGAAAGAAUUUGAAGAAUUAUACGGAUGGAAGCGUCCAACAAUCGAAACGAUGGUCGGUCGAUUAUUAAAUAUUGAUGAUGUUUCAAAGUUUUCUUUAACGAAAGAAGCUAUUGAACUUAUUGAAAAAGAAUUCAGUGAAAUAUCGAGUCAAGUUCGCAAUGCUGAACAAAAAUUUGAACAAUCACAAAACGUUUUAAAAGAUUUGAUUCGUAAACAUCGUUCAUUAAAACCAACAAGUGAAGCUAUAGUCAAAUAUCAACAGUGUCGUCUAUCAAUACUAACAGAUCUUACUGCCGAAGUUGAUCGUUAUAAAGAACAUGCGAUGGAUAAAUUAACAUUAGAAAUAAUGAAAGCACGUGAACGUAUUCAUUUUAUAUUGGAUAAAUUGUCAGUUGGGCAGGUUGAUAGUGAUCCAAAAUAUUCAAUAUUGAAUGAAGAUGAGUUCACCGAAGAUUUACAUUAUAUGCACGAGGAAUUAUUACAAGAAUUGGAAGCACAGUAUGAGACAAAUAAAGCAAUGUAUGAGCAGAUUGAAAGCUGGAAUAUUCUGUUUCGUGAAUAUCAAGAUUUUGAGAAAACAUCAACAAAUCCUGAUCGUUUUUAUAUACGUGGCUAUAGUGCUAUAACAGAAUCAAAAACACGUAAACGUCUAGAACAUCAACUAAAAGAAUGUGAAUUAAAAUUACAAUCGUUCAAUGAAGAUUAUCAGCGAAAAAAUAACGAUCAGGAAUUUAAAAUUAAUGGCCUAAGUGUUAUGUCAUAUGUUGCUCAAGCAAAAGAAGAUUAUCAGAAAUCAAAAGUACGUGAUCAUCGAAAUCCCAAAAACAACUCGACCUCGUCCUCAUCGACAGCAUUAUCGAGUGGUCCCUCAACACAAAUUAGUCGUACACCCUUAAAAACAAAACAACCAUACGUUGUUUCUACCCCAAAUCAUCGUACUGGAUUUUGUUCUACCGUAAAACGAUUUGAAACAAAUUCGAAGUCAAAUUCUCGAACGCCGUUAACAAGUUCAAUAUCGAGUCGUAAGAUCGUGGCAUCGACGCCAGGUUAUUCAGCAAUAAAAACACGAUCACAAAAAAAUAAUAACAGUGGCAUCACAUCAACAGCCAAAACAGCAAAAAUGAAACGUUGCAUUGAUUUUGAUGGUGCAUCGUCAGCGACACCACUUAAACAACGUCAUCUUGUUCAUAAAGUUGUGGAUACGCUUAAAGAAACAGAUGAAAAUAAUAAACGAAACGAGUCAUUAUCAUUCAAUUUUGAUAAUAGAAGUGUACAUAAUUCGAAAUCAACUGUAGCCGUUCGUAAGAUGGCUACACGACAAAAUCAGAAGAAAAAUCAACCGACACCAAGUAGAGCAAAGAAGUAG